UCGUCCUGUUGUUGCAGGAAGCAACACGCCGUUAGCCCCGCUAGCUGUUAGCAUCAGUCCGCCUGCAGAUCCCGGUCCCUCCCGGCUCUCGGUGUGAACAUGUCCCGGGUCCAGAAGCUCCGGGUCUUCGUCAGUGAGCGUCUGAACGCGGCGGUCGAGGAGAUUUUGGCAGCUUUUGAAAAAACGCUCGUGAAAUACGAACAGGAAGCGGCUCUGUGUCAGGAGGUGAUCUCCCGCCAGCACGCGCUGCUGUGCGCGCUCCACAAGCCGCUCAUGGAGCUGCCGUCCGCAGACGCCUUCACGCAGCAGCUGUCGGUGAGAAACGAUCCGCCUGAGCACCAGGACCAGAACCAGGAGGACCCAGAGCCCCCGCAUAUUAAAGAGGAACAGGAGCGAGAGCAGCUUCAAGACCUGGACGUGGCCGACAUCAUCCAGUUCACCUAUAAACCCAGGUGUGCGGCGAGGCCACGUGAGGACGUGGACCUGUCAGCCGCCGGGACAGUCCGGGCAGAACCAGGAGCAGCGGGACCACAUCAGGACGUCCACCUGGUGUCUUCUGAGACCGAAGACAGCGACGACUACAGCAAAGACCCGGCUGGCCCCAAACCAAAGAGGAGCUGUAGACCAGGACCGCCGCUGAGCUGCAGAACCUGCAGAACCUGCAGCCGGACCUUUAAAGCCCGGAGGUUUUUAAUCCGGCACCUUAAAGCCCACCUGCGGGAGGCGGAGCCGGCCUGCGGUCUGUGCGGCGAGCGAUUCGACGCCGCAGAGAGUCUGAAGCUUCACAUUCAGACUCACCGCACCUCUCAGAGGAGGGAGUUGGAGAACCAGACCAGGACCCGGAGCAGAGAGAGGCGGGUCCAUCAAGGCUCACAGCCCGCCACAAACGCCAGGGAGAGAGCGCACGCCUGUGACGACUGCGGGAAGACGUUUCUACAGGUGUGGAAGAAGAAGAGGCACCGGUGCCCCCUCGGGAAGAGGAACCCGGAGAGCCUGAAGGGAACCACGAAGAAGUCUUAGCGGGUCGCUCCGGUCCUCCGUCCUGCUUUAUAGUUUAUAGGCCCUCUGGUUCUGACCCGUCAGCAGCUUUUUAUUUGUUUCUGUCCGGACCUGAAACUCAGAUUUUGGGAAGCGAAUUUACUUUAACGAGGAAACAAGUUGAAAUAUCUCCAGACACUCCAGCUUCCUUCUUGGUACGUGUGCGCAGAGCUGGACCCUGAUUGGCUGUUGGUCCGUGGCGACGUCCGGAGGUCGAGCCUGUUCUCCGCUCAGACUCUGCCGCGUUUCCUGUUCAGUUUGAUUUAGUGAACGAGGCUUUCGUUGUCCUGCAGAGACGGAGGCGGCGUGUGAUUGGCUGCUCUCUCCUCAGGUUAGUUAACUGUGAAAGCUGAAGCUGCUGUUCUAAGUUCUAAUAAAGACAUUUUCUUUACACAAA